GUCAAUGUCAUUAUCAUAUGAUUAAGCUUUUGUAUUGAGAUUUUUUAGUUUGAGAUUACAAAACAUUACAAAAAUUGUACCAACAAUAUUUUUUCAAAUAAGUUUAAAAGUUUCCACUAUACUUUUAGAAAAAUGUGGGUAUUUGGUUACGGAUCUCUAAUAUGGAAGGUGGAUUUUGCAUAUGAAUUAAAAGUUGUAGGUUAUAUUGAAGGUUAUUCUAGGAGAUUUUAUCAACACAGUAUAGACCAUAGAGGUGUUCCUGAUCAACCAGGUCGUGUAGUAACACUAAUACCAAGUGAAGAUACCAAUAGUAAAGUUUGGGGGAUAGCAUACAAAAUUAGAACUAAAGACAUAGAGGAAGUGACAAAACAUUUAGACUUUAGAGAGAAGAAUGGUUAUUCUAAAAAAAUGGUUAUGUUCCAUCCUGCAGACAAGAAUCUUGAACCAUUUGAGUUAACAUUGUAUGUUGCUACAGAGGAAAAUGAGUCUUAUGCUGGGCCAGCAUCAAUAGAAGAUAUAGCAAGACAAGUGAUCAAGUGUAAAGGUCCCAGUGGUACCAACAAGGAAUAUUUAUAUAAUUUAGCUGAUGCUAUGCGCCAAUUAGUACCUGAUGUUAAAGAUGAUCAUCUGUUUGCUUUAGAAGCAGCUGUAAGAAAUCUAGACUCAGAUUAAAAAGAAAAAUAGAUAAAGAAAUAUAGACAAUUUUUAUACUUAGAUAGGUAGAAAUUUUUUUAUACUCAAACAUUAGCGAAAUAUUGUAAAUUUUUUGUAAUUUAUCACAUGGGUAGAAAUUUUUUAUACUCAAACAUUAAUUGAAAUGGAUGUAGUAAAUUUUUUUGUAAUUUAUAUAAGUAUAUAUUUAUUGAAUUAUAAAUAUAAUUUAUAUUCAAUAAAAAUCAUGUUAAUGAAAAUUAUAUUUGCAUAGAUAUGAUUCUUUGUAAAGAAUAAAUUUAUUAAUUUAAUUUGAGGAUGUAAAACUUUCAAUAAAUUAAAAAAAAAUCUUAAUGUAGCUUAGCUACAAGUUUGCUCAUGGAAUAUGUACUUGUAUGUAUUACUCAUGGAAUAAUACAUAUGGGUAUGUAUUGUUUUUCACUUGCCAUAUUUAGUACACAAUAAUAUUUAUAACAAACAUGCAUUCAUCUAUUGGUGAAUAGGGUUACCGUAGCCUAUGGAUGCCUAUAAAUAGGGAUGUCAUGCGCACGUUGCCGACCUUUAAGAAAAUUUAAUAUCUUAUUGAAGAACUCGAUGCUAUAGUCCCUAGGGAAAGCCUCGACAAGAAGAUUAUUCCACAAUCUGAGUAUUUACAGGAGGAAGCUCCUCUAAAACCUUACUGUGUGACCCUUCUGGUUUUAUGAUGUGAGGACACAUUCCCUGCUGAUAGCGAGUGAUGUGAUAGUGAAAUAUAUGAUAGUGGUAUGUUCUUUUUAUCAAAAGAACAAUUUAUUAAAAAAAAUAGGAUAAAAAAAAGUUAAUUAUAAAAGUAAGUACUAUGGCUUAAUAUAAUUUUUUGAUGUCUUAGUUUUGAAAGAACAGAUUUGAAAACUCAUUCUAAGAUUAGAAAAAAAAAUUAAAUAUGGAAAUGAAUAAUUAAUAAAUUGUUAGUUGUUUAAAUAUAAAAUUAUUUUUUUAUAUUAAAAUUGUUUACUAAAUAUGCCAUGUAUUAUAAAUAUAUUAUAUAUACAUUUUCUAUUUACCUACUUAUGCAGAUAUUAACUGUAUUAUACAUAUGUAUGCACUUAAUAACUAUAUAAUAUUAGCAAAAAAUUGUUAUAUAUCCAAGUAGUAAUCAUUACAACUAUAGGUAAUAAAAUUCAUAGCAAAACAAGGGCUACUAAUGCACAGAAUUAUACUUUAAUAGGCAAUUUUUAUUAACGGAAAUAAAAAAGAACUCACAUUAUGUGAAUCAUAAUAUAAUUCAAUAAGUGUUUUUCAACUCAGAUUUUUAUUACAAAUAAUACUCCAUAGUAAUGAUAUAUAAAUAAAUAUGAAAAACAAAUGUUCUCCAAGUCAUUCCUAUAGAAUUUAUUA